AUGAGGUCAAUCAAGUAUAUACCGCCCGAAGCUAAGAGUUUGGCAGAGGCAUUUAACAAAAAUAUACUUCCAGUUGGUAAGGUUGUAUCAUUAUUUGGGCAGACUGAAAAUACUACAUUCACUUCUAGGGAUGUUUAUAAUCAUUUGAGGACGGUCAUAAAAUCAUUAUUGGAUGUUGGAGAUGCCGAAGCGGUGGUUGAUUAUUUUAGGAAGCGAUUAAUUGAAAACCCGAGCUUUUAUUAUGCAGCACAAGUGGAUGAAGUAGGCAGGGCAGCAAAUUUAUUUUGGAUCGAUGCGCGUUCACGAAUGGCUUAUAGCCCCUUCGGAGAUGCUGUACCCUCGGACACAACAUAUAAGACCAACAAAUAUAGUAUGCCUUUUGCGCCUUUCACAGGUACGGACUAUCACCACCAGUCUAUUACCUUUGGAUUUGCAUUACUAGGAGAUGAGACUAAAGAAACUUUUACCUGGUUGUUUAAGACAUGGCUUGAAGCAAUGGGAGGUACUCCUCCAAUUUUUAUACUUACUGAUCAAGAUCAGGCCAUGACAAUUGCAAUUGCCACGGUACUACCUAGAACUCGCCACCGUUACUGUUUAUGGCAUAUUAAGAAAUUUUUUGGAGAGAAGCUAAGUCAUGUAUUUUUUAAGAAAUCAAACUUUAAACCAACAGUCAAAGAGGUUACACGAUUUACAUAUACAGUUGAGGAUUUUGAAAAACAAUGGCAGUCUAUGCUAGUAGAGUUUAAAUUGACCGAGAAUGAAUGGCUUAAAGACUUGUACGAUAUUCGUGAAAAAUGGAUACCGGUUUACAAUAGAAGUUCUUUUUUGCCGGGAUGA